AAACUGGUGCCUUGUUCGUUAGACACAGGAGCUGCGUAUUAGCUUUGGAGGCCAAUGGUAGCCGAAUUUAGUAGGCCGGGGGGGAUGUACGAGAGGUUCAAGCCACACCUCCUCAUGGUGCUGGCUCAGUUGGGUUAUACAUUCUUGUAUUUGAUCACUGAAGCUUCUUUUGCUCAUGGAAUGAAUCCUCAUGUUUACAUUACUUAUCGACAUGUUGUCGCUGCCCUUUUUAUCUUACCAUUUGCCUAUUUUCUUGAACGGAAAACAAGGCCGAAGUUGACGCUAUAUUUAUUCAUGGAAAUCUUUGUGCUUUCUCUCCUUGGGGUGAGCUUGACCCUGAACAUGUAUUUUGCAAGCUUAAACUACACCUCCCCGACAUUCCUGGCAUCGAUAGUGAACGUAAUAGCUUCAAUGACUUUUGUUAUGGCAGUGGUACUAAGGUUAGAGGAAGUUAAUCUCAGGGAACUAAGGGGAAUAGCCAAAAUUCUGGGAACCUUAAUUUCUUUGGCUGGAGUAUUGACCAUGACAUUGUAUAAGGGAUCGACGCUGAGAAAUAUAGGGCGUCCUAUAAUCCAUUUCAAAAGAAGUGCAGCCGAACAAGAAGAUUGGUUGAAAGGUUCCAUUUUAACUGUAACUAGCUGCCUCACAUGGUCUAUAUGGUACAUUAUGCAGGCAUAUACACUGAAAAGGUAUCCAGCACAAUUGUCACUAACGGCAUGGAUGAAUAUUGUGGGAGCAGCACAAUCAGCUGCCUUCACUGUAAUUGUGACUCGUAAACCAGCUGAUUGGACCAUUGGUUUCGACAUUGACCUCUGGUCCACCUUAUAUGCUGGAAUUGUCGUGUCUGGUUUGAUAAUAUACAUCCAACUAUGGUGCAUGGAGGAAAGAGGGCCAGUCUUUGUGACAAUGUUUAAUCCCCUCUCCACCAUUAUAGUAGCGGUUCUAGCAUACUUUGCCCUCGAUGAAAAGCUUUACAUGGGAAGCAUUAUAGGGUCAGUUGUUGUCAUUAUGGGUUUAUACUUGUUGCUGUGGGGAAAAGAGGCUGAUCAGAGAAUGCAGCUUCUUCCGAAGGGCAAACCAGAAGAUACUUAUAGUGAUGAACAUUGCCCCAGAGAUGGAGAGCUCAAUUUAGGCAUGAAAGAAGAAGCGUGAAUUAAGUUGUGUUCAGUAGCUAGCACACAAUUACAUUGCCUAUCAGUUCAAAUAAUUUUGCAUUGGCUCGUGUACAGCUUGUUGUCGCAGACGCCUGUGUAAUAACGGAUAUGAAAUCUAUCAAUGUACACAUGGCAAGCGCUCCCUUUCCCAUCCCGGCCGCUUUUGUGACGUAUUUGAGAAUCUAAUCGAUAGGCACAUGAGAGAUUCUCUUUACUUCCAUCCUGCCAUUUACUAUAAAGAAAACUACUUGGUGACUUUUAAUCAAGAUAAUGGAA